AAGAUUCCGAAUAUAUCAUUUUGUCAAACGGUAUUAUGUAUACUCCAAAAUACAUUCCAAAAACACACGUUUUCGAUUAGAAGCCAAUAGCAAGUAGACAAGGGUUUUCGUCAUGGAGUACAACCGCCAGCCGUGUCCCAUUAGGAUUGUAGAAGAUUGCGGGUGCGCUUUUAUGAUGGGCACCAUCGGAGGGUCGCUGUUUGAGUUCCUCAAAGGGUUCCGUAACGCACCGUCAGGAGUGCGACGCGGCCUUUACGGCGGCUUUGAUUCGGUGAAGAUGCGGACGCCAGCCAUCGCCGGCAGUUUUGCCAUUUGGGGAGCCACCUUCAGCACGGUGGACUGCGUCCUGGUCUCCUAUCGCCAAAGGGAGGAUGCCUGGAAUUCGAUCGCCAGUGGAGCAGCCACCGGCGCAAUUUUGGCAGCCCGUAGUGGUCUUCGGGCCAUGGCCAAUAGUGCUCUUGUGGGCUGCCUGGUUUUGGCCAUGAUAGAAGCAGCCGGUGCAGCAGUAGCCACCAUCAAUGCAGACGAUACCGGGACGGAAACAUUCAUCAAUCCACAUCGGGCUCAGUGGGAGGCUUAUCACAGUGCGUACAGGCAAAUGGGCGUUUCCUCGCAAGAUUUUGCUGACGCGGAAUUUGAGCAAGUGCUGGAAAAAUGCCGAGCGUACAGGGGCCAAAUUGUACUGCAGGAUGCAACAUUAGGUUCCAGCGAAUUAAAUAGUUUCGACCGGGAGUCGGAAGAGAAGGGGAAUCACUCCCUACUGGAUCUCGUCAAACUGGCUGAAAACUUCUAAUUUCUCCCAGAAAAAUCUUUUUUUUGUUUAUUGAAUCUUUUGUUUUCGUGGCCGCUCGUCCAAAUUAUUUGCAUGUGCUAAUUUUCUAUGUUAAUUUGCUGAUCGUAUGAAUAUAUACCUAGUCCAGUGUCCAAUUAA